AAAAAAAAACAAAAAAAAAGGAAAACCAGCUUUUUUUAAAACCAAUUUUUAAUUCAUCUUCCUUGCCUGCUCAGCAUUUUUCCCUCACCCCUACAAUGGCAGUUUGGGAGCACCCUGAGGCGCAAGCCUGCAAGUGCCAGCUUGACUAACUGCCCCUCAGCCUCUGCCCUGCUAGAAGGCACUGUCUGAACAUUCUUUUCUUUGGGUUAGGAACAGUGGACAGCCCUUAUAGCACUGAAUACUACAUUUACAAGGCCACUUUCAAAUUAUGUGCAACAACUCUUGUCUUCCUUUUCAAGCGUUAAUUUGUCUUAAUUCUAGCAAAGUGUACAACUUAUUUGGGGGACAAGAUCAUUCUCGGCUUCAUUUGCAGUUUUUUUUUCCACGCUGCCUCCAUGGCUGUACCAAGUGCUCCUGUAGUUAAAACCGUUCCACUGCGGUACUGGCUACUGAAUCCAGGACUUUUGCACUGAGCUACAUCCCCAGGUUCCCUCCGCAAACCGGGUUUCCUUACGCUGCCUGGGCUGGGCUCAAAGUUUACAUCCUCCUCAACUUCCCAGAGUACUGGAAUAAGAGGUGCCGCCACACUCGGUUUAAAACCGUGCUUUUUUGGAACGACACUACAUGCGACUGUGGUGAGGAAGAAAAAGGACAUGCGCUGGGGCCUGGCAGAACGAAGGCAGGCGACCCUGACUACCUUGACUACAGAAUGUCGCGCAGUUCCCUGGAGACCCCAGAGUAGCGCCGGAAGUACACGCGGGAUAGGGCUUCAGCCCACUUCCGGUCUCCGGGCGGCGCCACCUCGCCCCCUCUCGAAGGCCCCGCCCCCAGCUGUCCGUGCUCUGUUAGUGCGGCUGCCGCACUGACUGACUUCUAGACGGGCUGAUCUCUUGUGGCACGGGUGGCAAACGCGGGGACGGCAGCUGUGCUCGAGGCUGCAGGCUGCAGAGUCCUCGGGUGCACACGAUUCGCAGGUCUCCGGCGGGAGCAGACACUGGUGUCGUGAGGCGUAAGCCUGGAGGCCACUGCAGUAGCCGAUCCCGGCCUUCUACCCGCAGCGGUGUGGGGCCGAGCCUGCGACCCGCCGGAGGGCCGCCUCCUACAGCCGCUGGGGUCUGGCAUCCGGUCCACAGGGCGAGAGACUGUCCUGCCUUCCAGCCGCCCAGACGCUUGCCCUAGGAGCGAUGCCGCUGACCUUCCAGGACGUGGCAGUGUACUUCUCCCGGGCGGAGCGGCGGCAGCUGGGGCCCGGGCAGCGUGCAUUGUACCGGGAUGUGAUGCUGGAAAACUACGGGAACGUGGCCUCGCUGGGAUUCCCUAUCCCGAAGCCAGAGCUGAUCUCCCAGCUGGAGCAAGAAGAGGAGCUGUGGGUUCUGGAUCUUCUAGGGGCUGAAGAACCAGAAGUCUUGAGAACCUGCUGGACAGAUUCUGAGAUUGGGACUGAGAAGCAACUAUCCAUUCUAGACCAGAAAGGUUCAGAAGAAGUAAAAGCCCCAGCAUUUUUGUCAAAUAGAUUCUCAAGGGCUAAUUCACAGGCACCUGAGUCCCAGGAAACUUGGGACCAUCAAGGAAAGGAAGAAGAGAACCUAGAAAAGUCUGCUGGACUAAAUUUGAAGAAACCUCCUCAACUUCACAAGACAGUUUUUAGAAACAAAUCUACCAUGUGUAGGGAACAACCUCCAGGACAAAGAACCCAGGAGUGUGCUGCACUUGAUAGAUACUUCAAUCUGAACCAAAAUGUUGUUGGACUUAAAAGAAAUAAAAUAGAAGAAAGAGUCUUUAAGUGUGAUAUAUGCAGCAAAACCUUCAAAUAUAAUUCAGACCUACGCCGCCAUCAGAGAAGUCAUACUGGGGAAAAGCCCUUUGAGUGUGGUCCAUGUGGGCGAGCCUUUACACAGAGCUCAAGCCUUACUUUACACCGGCGGGUUCACACUGGGAAUAAACCAUUUAAAUGUGGUGAAUGUGGUAAAAUGUUUGGGCUCAAUUCCUACCUCCUUUUACAUCAAAGAAUUCACACUGGAGAAAAACCCUUUGGGUGUAGUGAAUGUGGGAAGGCCUUCAGUCGAAGUUCAAGUCUUAUUCAACAUCGUGUAAUCCACACAGGGGAGAAACCUUAUAAAUGUAAGGAAUGUGGAAAAGCCUUCAGCCAGAGCCCCCAGUUAACUCAGCACCAGAGGAUCCACACAGGAGAGAAGCCCUAUGGAUGCAGUCAGUGCGGGAAGGCCUUCAGCCGAAGCUCCAGCCUUAUCCAGCACCAAAGGAUCCACACAGGAGAGAAGCCCUACGGAUGCAGCCAGUGUGGGAAAGUCUUCAGCCAGAGCUCAAGUCUCUUCCUCCAUCACAGGGUUCACACUGGGGAGAAGCCUUACGUGUGUAAGGAAUGUGGUAGAGCCUUUGGCUUCAACUCUCACCUUACAGAACACACGAGAAUCCACACUGGAGAGAAACCCUACACAUGCAGUGAAUGUGGCAAAGCCUUCAGCCGGAGCUGCACCCUCGUGCAACAUCGCAGAGUGCACACGGGGGAGAAGCCCUAUGAGUGCACCACAUGUGGCAAAGCCUUUAGCCAGAGCUCCCAGCUCACCCUACACCAGCGUGUCCAUACCGGGGAGAAGCCCUACACAUGUGCUGCCUGUGGCAAGGCCUUCAGCAGAAGGUCAGCCCUCUCUCAGCACCAGCGGGUUCACACAGGGAGAAUUCAUACAAGCAGAUGUGGCCCAGCCUUUGUUCCUGGCUCCUGCCUCAUGUCCCCUGAAAAGAGAGGGAGCAGAGCCGUCAGCCAAGGCUCAAACCUCUUUCUGCACUGGAGAGUUCACAUGGUUCUCAGGGGAUCUGCAGCUCAGCAGAGGAGACUUCAGAAAGCAGCAAAGCAUCAGCUGCCACAUCUGCCACACGACUCCAUGUUCAAGAACUGUAAUUACUGAUAGAAAUUUUUUGGAGGGAAUAUUGGGGAUUGAAUGCAGAGUCUUCUCAGGUUACCCAAAGUUGGUUUGAACUUGUGAUCCU